UCCAGUUACUGUAGCCGCUUGCUGCAAUGAAAACAUCGUCGUUGGUGGGUGGAUAUAUACAUGGGCCCCGGUUCCAUCAUUUCUUUUACCCCCAAAAAUCACUGACUGAGUGAAGACGAGCAGCUAGAAAAAGGCAUGAGGUCCUUAUUAUGGAUUCCAGCAGACGUGUCCAUGUCUGGGGCCACCAGCUGGAUGUAGCCGGGGCCCCCGUGCCUGAGCUCCAUGCACCUCACACAUCACACCUUUGACUUCAUGAAGAUCCCUGACAUCGGUGAUGUAAUGAAUAAAUUUGAAGUCCUUGGGAUUGUGGGUGAAGGUGCUUAUGGUGUUGUUCUGAAGUGCAGACACAAGGAAACCAAUGAAAUUGUUGCUAUUAAGAAAUUCAAAGACAGUGAAGAAAAUGAAGAAGUUAAAGAAACAACGCUACGGGAGCUCAAGAUGCUCCGUACCCUCAAGCAGGAGAAUAUCGUUGAGCUCAAAGAGGCCUUCCGCAGAAGAGGGAAGCUGUAUCUGGUCUUUGAGUAUGUGGAGAAGAACAUGCUUGAGCUACUCGAGGAGUUACCCACCGGUGUCCCGACCGACAAAGUGCGCAGCUACAUCUUCCAGUUGAUCAAAGCCAUUCACUGGUGCCAUAAGCAUGACAUUGUUCACAGAGACAUAAAGCCAGAAAAUCUCCUCAUCAGUUCUGAUGACGUCCUCAAGCUGUGUGACUUUGGUUUUGCACGUAAUCUGUCUGAAGGGACUGAUGCCAAUUACACGGAGUACGUGGCGACUCGAUGGUACCGCUCUCCAGAGCUCCUGCUAGGGGCUCCUUACGGGAAGGCGGUGGACAUGUGGUCAGUGGGCUGCAUCUUAGGAGAGCUGAGUGACGGGCAGCCCCUGUUCCCAGGAGAGAGCGAGAUCGACCAGCUCUUCACCAUCCAGAAGGUGUUGGGACCCCUGCCUCCAGAGCAGAUGAAGCUCUUCUAUAACAACCCUCGCUUCCACGGGCUGAGGUUCCCUGCUGUGAACCAUCCGCAAACAUUGGAGCGAAGGUACCUGGGGAUCAUCGGUGGAGGUCUGCUCGAUCUGUUGAAGAACCUGCUGCUGCUCAACCCGACAGAGCGCUUCCUCACAGAGCAGUGCCUGAACCAUCACGCCUUCCAGACCCUGCGCCUGGUGGAACGGCCCGGCCCGCCCACGCCCACGCCCGUACGCUCGGCCAAGAGAAAGCCUCACCACGGGGACAACACCACCCCCAGCAGGAGCCAUGGAGGGAAGAGCUCAGGAAGCCACCGAUCCAGCAGCAGAGAGUGCUCCAGCUUACCCCGACAGGAGGACGUCCUCCCGGGCAGCGACAGCUUUCUGAACGGCAACAUGGCGGCAGCCAUCAACCUCAGCCCCACUCUGCAUCCCAAGAACUACCAGCCGCAGAUCUUCAACCACUCCACCGCCUACAGCAUGGACCUGGCCGGCAGCAACCUGCCUCAUCUGCUAAGCCCCGGUGAGGCCAAGGGCAAAGGCGACUUUGAGAUGAGUUUGGGUGCCAAGCUACUGGACGGACCCGGUGCCAAGUACCUCAAAUCCAACUUCCGCUCACAGCAGAACCGACACUCUUUUGUGGAAGGGAAGACCAACACGCUGCAGUCGGGGGAAAAACACAGCCGACACAACUACAUAGAGUCCCACGGCUCCACGCCCUCCUCCAAGUUUGCCUACCUGAACUUGUCGAAGAGUUACGGCACGCUCAGCGACGCCAAGUCGGUGGGAAACCUAAAUGAUGUGCAUCUGUAUGCGGAUGAGCCAACAUCGCGCUACUUCCCGUCUAGCUGCCUCGACCUGACGGCUCCGAGCAGCCCAGCGUCCCGCAGGGUGGAGAGGUUGGGCCCCGGGACGGCUGGCCGAGGAGGGAUGCGCUCAGACAGAGAGAGCAACACCCUGGACUCCUCAUACAGGCGCUCCUCCACCCGCCAUAAGGCGUCAGAAGAGGCCAAGUCACCGGAUUCCCUGGACCCCGGAGAUAGCAGCAUGGAUAGGAGCCACGGUCACUCUCUGUCUGCUCCGCAUGAUCCUCUCCCUUAUGGUCAGGGAUACACCAGCCCCUUCUCCUCACAGCAGCGGCCGCACCGCCACUCCAUGUACGUGCGGAGGGAUCACCAGAGGACGCACGGGGGAGACGAAGGCCUGCUGGUCGGCCAGGGAAUCCCCACCAGAGCCAGCAGCCUCCAGCUCCUGUCGCCUCAGCUCCAGCACCGCACGCUGCCGCGCCACUCCGGGAGCUCAUCCAGGGAAGACGACAUGAGCCGGAGCGAGCAGGCUCCCACUGAAGUCCCCCACAGCAGACCCCCAAUAAGGGACUCCACCAGGGACAACACUGCAUCUUUUCACUCACAGCGGCAAAUAAGCGAGGUUGGCCUAUAUCAUGACCAACAAGCAGAAGACGGAGGUUCCUCCAAGGAGAACCGCAACAUCUACAGUGAGUCCAUGCCGAGGAGGGUGGGCAGCUUCUACAGAGUGCCAUCUCCCCGGCCAGACAAGUCUUUUCACGACGGCAGAGGCCCGGGCCGGGACUCCGGCUUAUCUGGCGAUGGCAGCAGUUUAACAAAUCACUCCAAGCGCCAGCCUGCGUUUGACCCCUGGACUGGCCCAGAUACCGUGGUCCUGAAUGCAUCCGAGCCAUCCAAAGAAAAGGAGAAGCAGGGUUUCUUUAGAGCAAUAAAAAAGAAAAAGAAGAAAACUCAGAUGGCUCCCAGUGAAGGGAUGGACACGGUCAUUCAGAAGAGCUCAAGGUCCUCUGGCCAUCAGAGCAGUCGCCACAGGAGCCGCGACAAGAGCAGAGACAGGAACCAAGAACGAGACCGGGACAAGGACUGGCCAAGAGAGAAACUCGCCGAUUCACACUCUCCAAGUCAGCCACUGAAGUCUCUGCGGAAGCUCCUGCACCUCUCCUCCUCAUCCUCCAACCAGACGGGCUCCUCCGAUAUGCGCUACCAGCCGCUGCCUAACUCAGCCUCCGCUCAGGGCGGGUUCUCCGAAACCCGGGGUCACUCAGGGGUCGGCACGCCCCAGCUUAAGAGCCGACAGGGAGCCUACCCGCUGCCGGGCCAGCUGGACUCUGCUUGGCACUCUUCUGCCCUGGGCCGCCCCGAGGGCAACCCUUACCCGGAGCAAAUGAGCAUCAAGGGGGGCCAGAACGGGCAUGGCUUCGGACGCCAGCCCAGGUCCCGCAUACCAAACCUCAACGACCUGAAAGAGACAGCUCUGUAGUCCUCGCCGCCCUCACCUCAGCAUCCCGCUUCCCUUCUGUUGCUCCGACACCUCCCCUGUAAACAUGCUGAACACACAGAAACACCAACCCUCCUGUUGUAAACACUGCUUGCAAUCAGGCCAAAAGCCUUUUCAUGUCGUAAUUUUUUUAAAGCUUCCAUGUUUGAUAGACUUUAUAUUAUUACUUAUGUAAUUCUAAAUCUAAUUUGUAUUAUAAAGUAAAUAUGUUACAGAUUCAGUAUAUACAUAUAUCUGUAUAUAUAUAUAUGGAUAGGUAAAGUGUAGAUUUUAAGUGUAAGUAUUUUUGAUUUUAUUAAAUAUAUAAAUAUGGUACAUUUUACUGUGUAGUAUCAGUUUAAGAUAAAUCUAAGGCAUUCUAAGCAAAUGGAGAUGAGCCAGUCAUCACAGCAGAGGCUGGUAAUGUCAGUACGGAUGAUGUCCAUCUCUGCCAGGGUCGUAAUUCUUUUCAGGUGCGUCACCUUUUGGAUGUGCUCUGUCAUUCUUGUUGCUGAUGAACAAAUGUGCUUCUGAAAACCCGCAGCAGCAUCUCUCUGGGCUGUAGGAUACUCACACGGUCCGAGAGCUUACAUCUUACUACUCGUUUGUUGGAUAUUAAAUUGAUUGUCUCUUUAUGAACUGCGGCCAUUUUGAAAUUAAGAUAACUAUAAACUAAACUCUAUGCUUUAAUCUACACUGCCCUCUGCGGGUCAUAACGAAGCACUGCUCUAAGUAUUUUCUAACACAUUUCAAAUCAUGAAUCAGUCGUAUGCACUGAUUAAUUAUCUAAUUUAAUUACACAAAUCACAUGAUUGAAGAAAAAUCAUAAAAGGUUGAAGAGUUUUAAUUCAAAUUAGUUAAAUUUCAGGGCUUUGUGUAUGUUUUUAGGAGUUAAUGAUAGAGGACAUUUAAAGGGCGUGGCUCUUCGCUCCCUUCCUGGUUUUUGGAAAGCAAAAGACCCUCUAAGUGGUUCGACUCUAUCAUAGAAACGCACAAACUCACUCAAAACUCUACAACCCUUGGCUGCUAUAAAAACAGCGACAUUUUUAACUGAUUGUAAGAAAAGUAUUUUUACAGCAGCUACAGGAUCAUAAAAGCCAUUUAUAGUGAUGCAGUGGCUCUCAAAUGAACAAAGUCGACCUUUAAUUUUCAAAGCUGUUUGCUUUAAUCAACAUUUAAUCUAAUUUGCAUAUGUUUUCUCGCUUUCCUGUAAAUCCUGCUCUGAAAAGCAAUCAGUGCGUGUUAACUUCAAAUAUCUUUCAACCAUUGCACCUGGAUUUGUUUACUUGGCUCUCUUUUUUUUUUUUUACUUCAAAAUCGUAUCAUCUCUAUAUUAUAAAAGCAAUUGCUUCAUCUAAUUAAUUAUAAAGCUGUAGCCCCCUUAUAUUUUAUGGCAAAUCCAGGUAAAGGUGUAAAAAAUGCCUCCGAGGUGAUCCACCUUUUUUACAGUAGCAUAAUCUUACAGGAAAUAUAUUAAAUAUUUCAAAUUUUACAUUAUUUUCACAUUAGGACCGUUUUAUUUUUUACUAUAAUUUUUUGUUGUUGUUGUUUUAAUAUGUUUUUAAAACCUAAUAGCAAUUUUUUUCUCUUUCCUUGAGGUGACACAGAGUCUGUUACAGUGCAGUAAUAAUAAUCUCCAAAGUUCAAUGUUAGAAAACAGCAAAGGGAUGCUUCAUAUUGUUGGUCAGCAAGUUACUAUGACAACCAUUAGAUGCUAUCAACACGCUGUUUAAGACCAGAAAUUUUUCAUUUUUUAUUUCUUUGUUAAAAAAAAGUAAACUGGUAAAGUUUGCCAAGCCGUCCUGGGACUUU